AUGCCUGAACCAGCGAAGUCUGCUUCUAAGAAAGGCUCCAAGAAGGCUGAGAGCUACGCCAUCUACGUCUACAAAGUGCUGAAGCAGGUUCAUCUUGGCACCGGGAUCUCUUCGAAGGCGAUGGGCAUCAUGAACUCUUUCGUCAACGACAUCUUCGAGCGCAUCGCCGGUGAAGCGUCUCGUCUCGCUCACUACAACAAGCGCUCCACCAUCACUUCCCGAGAGAUCCAGACCGCCGUGCGUCUGCUGCUGCCCGGGGAGCUGGCCAAACACGCCGUGUCUGAGGGCACCAAGGCCGUCACCAAGUACACCAGCUCCAAGUAGAGCUCCGCUCCAGCGCUCACACACAAAGGCUCUUUUAAGAGCCACCCACUUUCUCGUUUAAAGAGCUUCUAA